AUGGCAGGCGAUUACUACCAGCAGCAGCAGCAGCAGCAGGAGCAGCAGGUUUUGGUGGUGCUGCAGCAGCUGCAACAGCAGCAGCAGCAGCAGCAGCAGCAGCAGCAGCAGCAGGAGCAGCAGGUUUUGGUGGUGCUGCAGCAGCUGCAACAGGGAGAGACACCGGCAGCAGAUGGGGACAGUAGAGCAGCAGCAGCAAGGGACAAAAGAAAAAAAUAUAAAACAGCAGCAGAGAGAGGAGACAGCAUGCAGCAGCAAAGCAGUAAGAGGAGACAGCAGGCAUAUCAAAGGUACCCAUAA